AUGAAAGCAUUUUUUUUCUGUUGCUUGACAUCUGUGGAUCGCGCGGUGUGUGCUGGUCGGGAGGUGGCGAGCAUCGCAGAGACUGUUUGGCGCUGGGAAGGCACUGGGAAACAGGAGCUGCGUGCUUGCAUGAGCACCGGCAGCAUGCUCGCUUCAGCGCCAUUGCGGCGCAUACUGUGGCAGAACAGCGUCAACAUGGUGGAAUUCUUGGUGGAUGAGGGCACUGUGGGCGAGUGGUCCUUGGAUGGAUUACCUAGCGAUGAGCUGUCCAUUCAGAACGCCAUCAUGGUGACUCGCUCAUCACGCUAUCCAUUGAUGGUGGACCCUCAAGGACAAGCGCUGGCUUGGAUCAAGAACAAAGAGCAUGAACGGAUUGCCCGUGAACCCAACAUGUGCGUGACCACGCUGCAAAACCGCAUCCUCAAGGAUCAGUUGGAGUGCACCAUCAGUCACGGAUUGUGUUUGGUCAUCGAAAAUGUGGAGAAUGAGAUGGAUCCUAUGUUAGAUCCGGUGCUGGAAAAGGCCAUUGUCAUGAAGGCAACCACCAAAAAGAUGGUCAUUCGAAUUGGCGACACCAACGUCGAGUAUGACGAGCGCUUUUGCCUCUACAUGACUUCCAGGCUUCCCAAUCCACACUUUAGCCCGGAGCUUUCAGCUAAGACCACCGUCAUCGACUUCACCGUAACCUUGCGAGGCUUGGAGCAGCAAUUGCUUGGACGGGUGUUGAAUAUGGAGCAGAAAGCCCUGGAAGAGAUGUUGGUGGCCCUUAAGGAAGACGCCACCAACAACACCAAAGCCUUGCAAGCGUUGGGACAGCUGCUGUUGGAACGCUUGUCGAGUUCCAAGGGAAACCUUCUGGACGACCAGGAAUUGAUUGAGGUGCUCGCCAACACCAAGGCGAAGGCGAAGGAGGUGGAAGGCAAGUUGGAUGAGGCUCGACAAAGGACUUUGGAAAUCGAUGAAAAGAGAGAGCAGUUCCGGUCAGUGGCCACCCGAGGGAGUUUGAUGUAUUUCAAUAUGACAGACAUGGUGCUGGUCACCAAUCCGAUUACACUGCAGCCCAGUGGGUGGAUGUACAGCUGUUCCCUGACCCAAUUCCUGGAGCAGUUUGACUACUCUGUGAAGCAUUCAGAUAAGGUUCAACCCACGUCCAAGAGGGUCGACAAGAUCAUCGACUUUUUGACCUACCAGGUCUAUCGCUACAUGAAUCGUGGUUUGUUCGAGAGGGACAAGAUGAUGUUCAAGCUGAUGGUGGCCCUCAAAAUCUCAGUGGUGAAUGGGGACCUGACGAAUGAAGAUGUGAUGAUCUUCCUGAAGGCAGGCGGGUCUCUGGACAAGAACCAGGAACGAAGUUGUCCUUUCAGCAAAUGGAUGAGUGAGAAGGUCUGGCUGAAUGCCAUCCAGUUGACGAGACAUAGCUUCGGUCGAGAGCAAGUCCCUGUCUUCAAAGACCUCACAGAUCACCUUGCAAGGAACGACAUCGGCUGGCGCAAGUGGUUUGAUGAGAGCGAGCCGGACUGGGGAAGUACCACCACAAGGAUCCACCAACCCGCCAACCCUGGACAGGAGUCGGCUGCCCGAAAACCGGUCCUCUACCUGCUUUCGGCCGGGUUCAGCCCAGCUGGAACUGAUCCCACCAACAUGAUCGAUGAACUUGCCAAACGAAAGAAGAAGUUCCCAACGGACAAGGUAUCCAUGGGCGAAGGGCAAGAGAAGGUGGCCAGGGAUAAGAACAACGCCGCCUUCAUCACGGGGGGCUGGCUCGUCUUGCAGAACUGUCACCUGGGCAUCGACUACAUGAACGAAGUAGAGGAAACACUGAUGAAGACCCCUGAGAUUCAUCAAGACUACCGGCUUUGGAUCACAUGUGAAAUCACCAGUCGCUUCCCAAUUGGACUGCUCCACCUUUGCAUCAAGGUGACUCAAGAGCCCCCAGCAGGUCUGAAGGCAUCGCUUCAUCGCACCUAUACCACCAUGAUUUCGCAAGAGACCUUGGAUAAGGUGGACCACGAGAAAUGGCGCGGUCUUCUUUAUGCCAUCAGUUUCCUCCACAGCAUCGUGCAGGAACGUCGUAAGUUUGGUGCCAUCGGAUGGUGUGUGCCCUAUGAGUUUAACAACUCAGAUUUGGACGCCUCCUUGUUAUUCUUGGAGAAGCAUUUAUCCUCCACCAUCAUGGUGGGUUUGCCCUUGAGUUGGAACACCAUCCAAUACAUGGUGGCCGAAGUCCAGUACGGUGGUCGCAUCACUGAUGACUUGGAUCGUGAGCUCUUCAUCACCUACGCCGCCAAAUGGCUCAACGAUUCCAUGUUCUCCCAGAAUUUCGCCUUCAAUUUCUACAGCGCGGAUUACAACUACGACAUCCCGAAAGGUUUGGACAUGUCAGCGUUCCAUGAGCACAUCGAGAGCAUUCCAUCUGUGGACUCGCCGUUGAUCUUCGGCCUCCAUCCGAAUGCUGACAUCACCUACCGACUGAAGGAGGCCUCAGAGAUGCUCACGACCAUCAUCGAGACACAGCCCAAAGACUCCAACACCUCGGUUGGCAAGUCCGUGGAUGAACAGGUGGAAGCGCAAGCACAGGACCUUUUGGAAAAGGUGCCCAGUGAGCUGGUUGAGGAAGUUUUCCGCGCACUGAUCCAUAGGAAAGAUGGGCUGAAAGGCACCAAUGAGCGUGGCUUCCGUGCGCCUUUGAACAUCUUCCUGUUCCAAGAGCUACAGCGGCUUGCGAAUAUCAUCUCCAUCGUGCGCAGCAGCUUGGAAAAUCUCAUCAUGGCCAUUGAAGGGACGGUCGUGAUGACUGUGGACUUACUCGAGGAUUCCAACUGCGUUUUCGACCUUCGAGUACCAAAGAAGUGGACGCACGAUGCAUCGGGUGCCGAAAUCUCAUGGCUCUUGCCCACCAUUGGGGGCUGGUGUACUGGCCUCACUGACAGGUAUAAUCAGUUGACUUGGUGGCUGGAACAUAGCCGCAAGGACUGGAAAUCCUUCUGGAUCACUGGCUUCACCAAUGCACAGGGCUUUCUGACAGCCAUCCGUCAAGAGGUGACACGGCAAAAUAGCAAAAAGAACUGGGCGUUGGAUGAUAUGGUGACCCACACAGAGGUCUUAACCUUGGAAUUCCCGGAUCGUGCGCACGUGCCCGAAGAAGGUCAGAAUAUCCACGGCCUCUACAUCGAGGGAGCAAAGUUUGGGGCCUCGGAGAAAAAACACUAG